AUGCCAAUCACCCCCGCUUUCCUUGUCGGCAGUAUUGCUGUCGCGAUUGGCGGCGUGUUGAGGCUUUAUUGUAUCUCGACGCUAGGAAAGUUUUGGAGCUUCCAGCUCAGCGUCAGAAAAGAGCACAGACUUGUGACAAGCGGGCCGUACUCGGUGGUGCGCCACCCAAGUUACACUGGUCUCCUUCUCCAAAGUGCGGGGUUCGCCGUCAUGCACGGAAGUCAAGGAUCGUGGAUGAGGCAAUCUGGAAUCUUACAAGUGCCUUUCAUUAAAGUAUUAACAGUGACUAGCUUUUUCGUGUUUAUCACAUUAGCCACUUGGGGUUCCAUCAGCCGACCUGCGGUGGAGGACGAGAUGUUGCGACGUGCUCUUGGAGAAGAAUGGGAGAACUGGGCAAAGGAAGUGAGAUACCGGCUUAUUCCUGGAGUUUAUUGA